AUGCAGAAGGGCUGGAAGAAGUACUUCGGGCAGAAGUCCUUCAGCGAGGUGGCCAUGGACGAGUACCUGGCCAGCCUGGGGCUGUACCGCAAGAUGACGGCCAAGGACGCCUCCUGCCUCUUCCGAGCCGUCUCGGAGCAGGUGGGCGGCGGGGCGGCACCGUAUGUGGAAGGAUCAUUCGAGAAAUACCUUGAACGACUAGGAGAUCCAAAGGAAAGUGCUGGCCAGCUGGAAAUGAGUGCUUUAUCAGUGAUGUACAAGCGAGACUUUAUUCUGUACCGGUACCCUGGAAAGCCACCCACUUAUGCUACAGAUAAUGGCUUUGAAGUCAAGAUUUUACUGUGUUGUUCCGGCAAUGGCCAUUAUGACUCUGUGUAUACAAAACAAUUCCAGGAAAAUGCUGCUAUUUGCCAGGCUGCAUUAUAUGAGAUCCUGUACAAAGAUGUGUUUGGCAUGGAUGAGGAAGAGCUAAGGUCUGCAGUUGAGGUGUUUCGAAGUGGAUCCAAGAAGAACAGAAACAGCGGCUCUGUAGGAAGUGAGGAUGCAAACUUUGAUUGUCUUCAUGAAAAAGUAUCCAGAAAUCCAUCAGAAAAGAGAGUGGAUGACUGGGAAGGCAACGAUACUGACAACCCACAGGAAGAUAAGUUCAAACAAGGCAUUGAAGAAGAAAAGCCUCCAGAAAAUCCAUCAAAGAUGCCUGUUCCUUAUAAAGUGCUAAAAGCGCUGGACCCUGAGAUCUAUCGAAAUGUGGAGUUUGAUGUUUGGCUGGACAGCAGAAAAGAGCUUCAAAAAACUGACUACAUGGUGUUUGCUGGGAGACAGUACUAUUUAGGAGACAAGUGUCAGGUACGUCUGGAGCCUGGAGGUAAGUAUUACAAUGCUCAUAUCCAGGAAGUCGGACAGGAUGGCAACACGUUGACUGUAUUCGUUGAGGAGCUGGCAGAAAAGCAUACAGUUCCUUUGGCAAACUUAAAACCAGUGACACAAGUGGCGCCUGUCCUUGCCUGGAAUAUGGUUCCCAGCCGAAAAGGAGGAACCUAUCAGAAAAUAGCAGGUGGAUACUUCUCAGGAAUAGAAAUGGAUAUGAAAACACGGAAGAGAAUGCUUAAGAAAGUUCGUGGAAAGGAAGUCUUUAUGACUGUGGCUUAUAGCAGGGGUCAGCCAGUUCUUCCACCCCGGCUACAGCACAGUGUUCCUUCGGGGCGCUCUCCUCCAGUUCACUGCUCACAGGGUGGUGGAAACAUGGCACCUUACGAACCCUAUCAUCCUCAGAAUCCUCCCCAGAGACAUAACCGUGGAUUUGGGAUGGCAAGCUCCUACAGCCGUAGCCGCCGUCAGAUGCAGGGUGUGAAUAAGGAAUGUCAGUAUGGGUUUGUACCGGAGAAUGGGGAGGAGCCUCAAGGACCAGAGGAAACUAUAACUUUCUAUGAAGUUGAAGGAGAGGAUGACACUGCUUUUCCUACUUUACCAAGCCAGGGUAGCCCUGCUCCCAUUGUCCAUGGUCCAGCAGGAUUUUGGGUAGCAAGGAGAGGCCCAAACUCUGUUCCACCUAACAAGCAGACCCUGAAUUCCUCAGAGGAGGAAGAAGAAACAAGUGAAAAUGGGAAAUAUCAUGAAGAAUAUAUCUAUGCACCUCCAGAUCCCGACUGUGAAACUGCAACAGCAUUUAGUUCAGCAGAACCUACAGCAACCUUGGAAGAAGGGCCAGUCUCUGUGUCACCUCAAGAUGGAGUGGCUUCCUACAGCUAUCCCCAGAAGGUGAUGGUGAACUCUGCAGCAGUUUCAGCCUCAACAGGUGUUUAUGCUGCUCCAGCUACAGGCUUCUCCUCAAAUUCUGCUGCCUCCACUCCAGCCAGUGUCACAACAGCAGUUCCCCCACAAACAGCAGUUCAGCCAGUCAUAGUAUCUCCCCUUUCUAUAGGGAGGCCAGCAGUUUCUUCGGUGCCAUUCCCAAUUUAUUCAGCUCCUCUUCCUCCAGUCAGUGAGGUGGGAGAAGCUGGUGCUGUUCUUCCACCUUACUCUUGUGAUCCCAGUGGCAGUGAUCUGCCUCGAGAUACAAAGGUCUUGCGGUAUUACUUUAACCUGGGAUUGCAAUAUUACCAUCAGAGCUGUUGGCCUUCCAUGGUGUAUGUACAGCCAGUACCGCCACCAUCACCUGUGGAAGUUUAUCCAGCUUAUGCUGAGCCAGCUCCUGUCCUAGAUCAGUCAGUACCUCAGAUCUACCCUGAUGCUGGGCGAACUGAGGUUCACCAGGUUCCCCUGGAAGCACCUGCAAAUGGUAACUUUCAAAGUGCAGAACCUCCACCCCUGUCUUACGGGCCAGUAUAUUACCCAGUCGUGUCGGACCCCUUCAGCCAGCAAUCUCUUCCUGGGUUUGAUUCUUUAGUACCUGCCUAUCGCUGUAUUAGUACCUGGCAUCCAGUAAAUUCUCCAUAUGGAAAUUCUCCACAAAUUGCUAAUGCUUGGGCUGGCUCCUACAGCCGUAGCCGCCGUCAGAUGCAGGGUGUGAAUAAGGAAUGUCAGUAUGGGUUUGUACCAGAGAAUGGGGAGGAGCCUCAAGGACCAGAGGAAACUAUAACUUUCUAUGAAGUUGAAGGAGAGGAUGACACUGCUUUUCCUACUUUACCAGCACAGGAGAAAAUUCCAGAUGUACACUUCCAUUAA